UUUCCGUCCGUGGAACACAUCUUCUCGCACAGUCUUUUCGCUGCAAUGGGCUGGCCCUUGUGGCUUCUGCGCUUCAUUCGUGUGCUUUACCGGGCGAAUCGGUAUUCUCAGGUGGCGUGCGGCUCGCGGCACGGCGGCUUCGAACUUGCGCGUGGUAUCAGGCAGGGGUGCCCGUUAUCUCCACGGUUGUUCGCCGUCGCAUUUGACCUUCUGUGGCGCCGGAUGUGUUGGAAAGCACCCAACUUUGGGGGCAGGUGGGGUCUGGGCUCUGUGCGACCCUUCGGGCACAUAACGUAUUCGAUGCGAGAGUCCCCAUGUUCGUAGAUGAGUUGGAUGCCCUUCCCGCCGCCUUCGAGCCCCGCGAGUUCCGGGCAUGCGCGGCGAGUUCCGGGCAUGCGCGGCGCUGCUGCCAGGCCCCCGGGAUUGGAUGCCUCCGCGGUGUCUUCACAGAUUGCGCGACCUCGGCUUCCCCGUGGAGGUCCCGGACCUUCGGGCGAGAUGUUCAGCUGCCAAAGUUCGCGCCUUCUACUUCGAGGAUCGGGAUGGCUGUCUGCGAGUUCCUGAGUGGGCCGCCCGACUACGACAGGCGAUCUGGACUUCGCCUCGCAGCGCGUAGCAGCUUGCAGUACUUGGCUGGACGGUGCGUUGUUUCUGCAGCUGGAGCAGGCGGAGGCCACCGUGAGGGCUGCGAGUCUGAGGUCCCCGCGCUUUCGCUGUCCGUGUUGCGACGCGGGACAAGGGGCCCAGCCGCAUUGAUUGGUAAGCCCGGGCGGCGGCCAUGAACCCGGCCGUGCUGGACGGGGCAGCUUUCCACUCCGCCGAUGUGUGGACCAUAGGGAAUUGGACGUGCUGCCUGGACUCCGGAUGUCGCGGGCCCUGAGGACGUUCACGAUCUUGGCUGAGCGCGUACUUCGCGAGUUUGGCGGCAACCCUCCAAACAAUUUGCAAUGGUUGGGUGACGCGCCGCCGUUUCCAGCAGGCUGCCCGCAGGGGGA